GCUUUUGAAAUUGAAUUUGCUUAAAGAUGACUCUCCGUCGAAGUGAUAAAUCUGCAAUCAAGUUGAAUAAGAUUCGCGAUCGAAUGACAAUUCAUCAUUCCUUGGCUCUCAUCAGUGGAACCAUUAUUGGAUCAGAUAAUGAAUAUGUUACGUUGACUCGAGAAGAUGGACUCACUUUUACAUGGCCCAUAGUCGAUUCUUUGUUUAAAUGUUUUGCUCCAUUAAAAGAGGGUUCUAAUAUGAUAACAAUAAGUGGUGAAACAAUUCAUCCGGUCUCAGUUGACUUUGAGCUUAUUUACCGUCCCCAGAUUGAGAAUCAACGAUGCCUGCGAGUCAUUUAUCUGAUCUGCCGUGACGAAUGGGGUGAAAUAUUUGAAAAGGGAAGUUUCCAAUCAACUCCUGGUGAUGAUAAUUCAUUGAGAUCAGCAAAGGAGAAAAUUUCUCUAGCCGUUCUAAUGAUGCAAACUUUUUUCGGCGAAACAGUUCCUGCUCAUCAUACUUUCCAAGUUGAACUUGAUGAUGAUGGUCAACCUUUGGUCUACACUUUCACCCUCGAACAAACUUAUAAAGACCUUUGGGCGAUGGAUCAACAACAAUUAUGGGAUCUUGUGGCUGAUUGUAUACUUUCAUCUAAACUGUCUAAUGUCAACUGUAAAUAUCUGGGCUUUUGCUCUUUCUCUCGUUAUCUUUGCGAGCCCGGUACUGGUCGACUAAAGUCUAGUUUGACAGCUCUUGAUAUUCGCAAAAUGACGCGUGGUUAUGUAGCUCUUGGUGGAGGUGGACUUGCCCUUUUAUCGACCUCUUGUCUUUACUCCUGGCCCAAUCGAAUCGACCAGAUAAACGAAUGUCUUACUGAUUCCCGUUUGAUAGAUCGUACCAUGUUAAUGGAUGACAGUGGAAAUAGAGGCACUUAUUCUGGUUGCUAUUCUACUACUCUAGGAGCUUGUAUUCAUGAAUUGGGUCAUAUAUUUGAUCUAGGUCAUAAUUCAAUGGGCAUGAUGUCAUCUCACUAUCCCGAUAUUGAUAAAUUUUUCCUGGUCAAGCCCGAUGGAGGAAGUGACACACAUAAAUGGUGGGAUCGCUCAUCGGCUUUAAUCUUAACCAGUCACAAGUGGUUUAAUAACUUUCCAGAAUCCAAAGACGCAUUCAAGUUGAGUGAUUCCACAUUAAGAUCACGUUAUGGUGUCCAGGUUAUUGAAUACAGAGGAUCCAAUGGAGUAGUCAAACGAUUCAGAGAGUUCUUCCUUGCAAGUAAGUGGGUUAAGCUUGAAAUAAUGCCCGAUGAUGCUUACGUUAUUGCAAUGGAUAUAAGAGGUAAUAUUUUCAAGAAAGAAUUGCAUCCGAAUAAUUGAAUUUGAAAAUAAAUGUAAAAACUAUUGGAGAACAUGGAACUUCUCACAUAGAAACUGAA